CGGAUGUGGAAGAGAAAGAAUCGAGAGGUGCUCUCCCGAGUGCUCCAGGCUCAGCUGAGUCCUGUCUGGGUUUCUUUGUGCCUGGUGGGGACCCCAUCCCACGGGCGCCUGGACUCACGAGGCCCAGCAGGGAACAUGUGACCCGCAAACGCGGCUGACUCGCGUCCAGCGGGCGGGGACGGGACGAGCCGGGGGCCGCCGCUGGUCAGGACUCAGCGGCCAGCGCGGUGACUCAGCAGCAGGGGCGGAGCGGGGCGGGACGCCCCUUAUAAGGGUCGGCUGCCACUGGGCCUGCGCCGAGCUCCGCCGCCGUCGUCCACGCACUUAGUGUCUGUCCCGCUCUGCUGACCGCGCAGCAGCCAUGCCGCCCUACACCAUUGUCUACUUCCCGGUUCGAGGGCGAUGCGAGGCCAUGCGCAUGCUGCUGGCUGACCAGGGCCAGAGCUGGAAGGAGGAGGUGGUGACUCCGGAUACCUGGCAGCAGGGCUCUCUCAAGGCCUCCUGUGUGUAUGGGCAGCUGCCCAAGUUCCAGGACGGGGACCUCAACCUGUACCAGUCCAAUGCCAUCUUGCGUCACCUGGGCCGCUCCUUGGGGCUCUAUGGGAAGGACCAGCGGGAGGCAGCCUUAGUGGACAUGGUGAAUGAUGGCGUGGAGGAGCUUCGCUGCAAAUAUGUCACCCUCAUCUACACCAACUAUGAGGCUGGCAAGGAGAACUACGUGAAGGCACUGCCCGGCCACCUGAAGCCUUUUGAGAACCUACUGUCCCAGAACCAGGGAGGCAAGGCCUUCAUCAUUGGGGACCAGAUCUCCUUUGCUGACUACAACCUGCUGGACUUGCUGCUGAUCCACCAGGUGCUGGCUCCCAGCUGCCUGGACGCCUUCCCCCUGCUCUCGGCCUACGUGGCGCGCCUGAGCGCCCGGCCCAAGCUCAAGGCUUUCCUGGCCUCCCCGGACCACGUCAACCGCCCCAUCAAUGGCAAUGGCAAACAGUGAGGCUGCAGUGAGGGCUGCUGGGCCCUCCCAGAGGCGGGCUGCUUGCUCCCUUGAGACCAAUAAAAUUUCCACGACAGAU